GGCGACGAGCAACACUCCACGACGCUGCAUACUAACACCACAGCAAAAAUGUCGUCUCGCCCAACCGUCACGAUCAUCGGUGCCGAUGGUGCUCCAUCCAAGGACACCCACCCGCUCCCAAAUGUCUUCAAGGCGCCAAUCCGCCCAGACAUUGUCCAGCAGGUGCACACCGGCAUGGCCAAGAACAAGCGCCAGCCAUACGCCGUGAGCGAGAAGGCCGGUCACCAGACCUCUGCUGAGUCUUGGGGAACUGGUCGCGCUGUUGCCCGUAUCCCCCGCGUCUCUGGUGGUGGUACUCACCGCGCUGGUCAAGCUGCCUUUGGUAACAUGUGCCGUUCUGGUCGCAUGUUCGCACCAACCAAGGUCUGGCGCAAGUGGCACCAGAAGAUCAACCUUGGCCAGAAGCGAUUCGCAACUGCUUCCGCCAUCGCCGCAUCCUCCAGCGCUGCCCUCCUCCUCGCCCGUGGCCACAAGAUCAACGAGGUUCCAGAGGUUCCACUCGUCAUCUCCUCGACCGCUUUCUCCAACGCCGCCGUGAAGAAGACCUCCGCUGCUCUCGCUCUCCUCAAGGCUGCUGGUGCCGGUCCAGAUCUUGAGAAGGUCAAGGCCUCCCGCAAGCUCCGCGCAGGAAAGGGCAAGCUGAGGAACCGCCGCCACACUCAGCGCCGUGGGCCUCUCGUUAUCUACGAGCCAGAGAAGGAUGGCCGUGAGCUUGUCACCGCUUUCCGCAACAUCCCAGGUGUUGAGACCUGCCCAGUCUACGCUCUGAACCUCCUCCAGCUCGCACCAGGUGGUCACCUCGGCCGUUUCGUCAUCUGGACCUCCUCCGCUUUCGCCGCCCUCGACACCGUCUACGGCAGCACGACCGAGCCAUCCGGCCUCAAGCGCGACUUCCUUCUCCCAUCCAACGUGGUCGCUCAGCCAGAUAUUGCCAAGCUCAUCAACAGCAGCGAAGUCCAGAGCGUGCUCCGCCCAGUCAAGGGCUCUGCCAUCACCAAGCGCACCGUUGUGCAGAAGAAGAACCCACUCCACAACAAGCAAGUCUUGCUCCGCCUCAACCCAUACGCCAAGGCAUAUGCAUCGCAGGGUCUUGGUCACGUCAAAUCGACCGACAAGCCGAUUGCCAAGGACAAGGCGUACGAGGCUACUCUCCACGAGAACUAAGCGUUUGUUUGUUGUAUGAAAGGUUUUCUGGGAGCGGGAACACAGCUGAAGCAUCCAUGAGAGCUGUACGGCGUUCAUAUCAUCGAAUCAAAGAUGAUUUACAUUGCCUAUAUGAUUCAUGACACUCGUAAUAUCCUGUUCAUCAUUUCGG